GUGGAGUCUUAAAUCGGUCGCAAUGAGCGUCCCCUGCAUCCUGGUAUCCGCUGCGCGAGGUUUCAGUCUGCAGUGUCCCGCCGCCGGUCUGCUCCGCUCCCGCCUGCUGGGAGCCAGCUCGAUCAAAAGAAGAAAUAUGUCAUCCAGAAGACAAAUGGACCAUCUAGAGAGGACAGCGAGCAACGGCAGACAAAAUGCUCUGUAUCCAGCCCAAGUAUGUGGCAUCAUAAAGGAGUCAGAGACAGUAAAACGCUUGAGAAUAGCCGUCCAUCCAGACUUCAGCUUCAAAUCAGGACAGUGGGUGGACUUCAUCAUUCCUGGUGUGGAAAAGGUGGGAGGUUUCUCCAUGUGCUCCAACCCAGGUUUGCUGCAGAGGGAGGGAGUCAUUGAACUGGCCGUCAAAUACAGCAAACACCCCCCAGCACACUGGAUUCACACCACAUGUACAGUGGGCUCCCACGUGGCCAUGCGUGUCGGCGGGGACUUCUUCUUCGACCCGUCGCCCUCUGAUCCCUCUGUGGAUUUGCUGCUGGUGGCCGGCGGUGUAGGGAUCAACCCCCUGUACUCUAUUUUGUUGCACACGACAGAUCUGCUGCAUCUCAACCAAGCCUCAGGCGGGCGAGACUAUAACAUAGGCUCCACCCAUCUUUGUUACAGCGCUAAGAACACGCAGGAGCUCCUCUUCAAGAGGUCCAUCACACAGGCAUGCCAGGAGUUUCCUGACAAGGUCUCCUGUGAUUUCCAUGUCACGCAACAAAGCACAGAUGUCGACCCGCACCUCCAACCAUUUGUCAAGGAUGGAAGAAUCUCAGAAGCAGAGUUGAGGACUCGUGUGGACCCAAAGAGGACUUUGUGUUACCUGUGCGGGCCCCCGCCCAUGAUUGAAGCCAUUUCAAAAACCCUCAUGGAGCUUGGCCUCUCAAAAGACAGAAUCAUCUUUGAGAAGUGGUGGUAGAAAACUCCUACAAGUCCCAGAAACAUCAACAAGGUUGUUCUCCCGGCUCCUGCUCCCUUUUUUUUUUUUUUUUUUUUUAGGUCUGGGUGUGUUGAGAAUGGAAAGGAACUGAAAUAUUCCAGUGAUGUGAACAUUGAUGUGAGUGCUCAAGUAGUUGCGGGAAUUCAACCUCCAGUCCCUGCUGCUGAAACCUGACCUGUGUUUGAUCUGUGAUAGACCGCUGGGACCGCCCACUCUUCAGCUAGCAGCUGACUCACAAAGACAGUACAUGAAUUUUAUUUCUUAUGAUCAACAACAAAAGACUGUACUUAUAGACUUUUAGUAAGCCAUUGUUCAUCUCACUGCAACUCCAGUGUCCCCUACAUGUGUAUGAUGGACACAUUGAGACAGAUUCAGUUCUGAUCUCUUUUCCAGCUUCAACUUACAUGACUGCAUA